GUACCUGGAACAUUUAUUACACAAUGCUUUCAUGGCUAUGGUCACUGAGGCCUAAUUUAAGCCUUUCUGAGCUUCCUACGAAAGCUUCAAGCUCGAUUUUCAGUGCUUUUGGAUGGACAGUGACAACUUUUUUGGUGUUUACUACAGCAUUUGCAGUUUACGCCGCGUUUUAUGUGUUUUUUGUUCCAGCACCAUUGCAUAUCAAGCAGGUCCAUUUUCAGUUCAAGACACAUGGUUUCUAUGGGGAUGAGGAACAGUCUCACAAAUAUCAUAAUUAUAAGGAGUUUCCAACAGCAACAGUUAAUCUAAAGAAUGGUGACUCUGACCAAAAGUCUGAUGGUGACAUGGUUCUAGCACGUGGUCAAAGAUAUAAAGUUUUUUUAGUUUUACAUGUCCCAUAUUCAGAAGAAAACAAGAAUGUUGGGAUGUUCAUGACAAGCAUCUCUAUUAAGUCUAAAAAUAAUCAUGAAGUAGGAAGUGCCUCAAGAUCAGCUUUGAUACCCUUUUCCUCUCCAGUGGUUUCAACGCUUAGUGCCCUUAUGGAUUUCUUUCUGUUGCACUGGCGAUGGAAGCAAGAAAGUGAAAGGCUAAGCAUAAUGCUUUUUGAAAAUUUUGUAGAUGACUCAUAUCAUCCAUCUGAAAGUGCUGUGAUCACAUUGCAUUGUAAAUCUCUCCAAGUUUACUCUGCAGAACUCAGAAUUGAGGCAGUUUUCUCUGGCAUAAGGUACUACAUGUUCUAUUGGCCUUUGACUGCAGCGACAUUGGGUAUCUCAUCAAAUGUGGUUGUGGGCUUUCUGCUUACAGUGUGGCUUUAUUUCAAGUUCUGCAAUGAGCCGAGUGCACAAGAUGAUGAAUCGGAAGAAUCUUUUGUAAUUGAUGAUAUAAUGGGUACUGGAUUUAACACUGAAACUGAAUCCACUGCUGCUACAGUUGCUACUGCUCAACAAGCCAACGAUGAGUGUGUGGAACAAGAGCCUUGCGUCAACGCAGAUUAUAGUUUAACAGGGGCGGCCGUAGUUGACCCACCCUCUGGUGCUCGCAGAUUUGUCCCAGCCCGCCGAAUGGUUCACACAAUGGUAAGCAUUCGUGCGCAAAAUCAGAGAAGGGUUCCUCCUGUUUCCUUGACGCGGCGUUUGCAAUCAGCUAAAGAAUUGAAAGAUGGAUUUUGCCAGACUGAGCCUGUUGAAGGUUACAUGUUAGGGAAGGCUGCUACAAGCACGAAGGCUGUAAAGGCUGACUGAUGGUGGCGAUUUAAAUCAUGCAGAUUGCUGCUGUGGUCUAUCAUCCGUGGGUUCUAUGAAAACUUAUCAUUAACAACAUUGUUGCGUUCAUUCUAAGGCUAGUACCUUCUACAAUUGGAUCUGACAGACAAUCAAGACAGCAGCACUCCUGAGCUCUUCUGCUUCCGUGCUCUUGCAUCACGUUUCAUUCUAUAAAGCUUGUGUACACAAGAGGUUUCAAAUGGUCGAGCAUGAUGAAACUUUACUUUUUACAGCCCACAUCACGAUGUUUUGGAUCUACAUCAUCGACUUUCUCAUUUUCUGAAGCCAGAAGCUAUUGUUUUAUUCUCGUCGCCGUAUCUAUACCUUGAAAUGGGAACGAAAGCUAAUCAUGUUUUCGCCUCGACAAUGGGUUGAGGAAUAUUUAAUUUUUGACCUGUAACUCCAACCCCCCUCUCCCCCACCAAUAGUUGAUUAUGACCACGUUUGUUGAUUUUUCGAACUGCUUAUCAAUAGUUUGCAAUAAAAGUCUUAAGCCUGCAAUACACUGUUGGAAUCACUAUCGGAAAAUCAUCUAUUAUUGUCAAUUAAACGACAUUUUCCAGCCCUUGUACCAUCGACAUAAAGAAAUAAAUUUGAAGACACCAGAUGCUAUAUAAUGAUAUCCUCUUUUUAGAGAUAUCAUAUUGCCACAUUAAAUUAUUAUUGUGUCCAAAAUGCUGAUAAAAUAUUAUUUUCCAAUGAUUUUCGUCGUAUAUUUUGAUCAUAUCCCUCGUAUGUUCCCUACGCUGCUAGCUGCUUCCUUUCUCAUAGUGCAGCAUCCCAUACACAGGAUUUAAUCAAAAAGGCUGUCUGCUCACUCAAAAGGGCAACUUUUUCACGCCCGAUGUAAAUCAUGGAGGAAAGAAUAACACAUGCGAGUGCGAUUUAAUAUUUGAUAAUCAAACGGGAGCAGCUUAUUCAUAAUUUUCAGCAAAAACUCUCUUAUACAUUUGCUCUUGCAGUGGCUGAAAAUGACAUUUGGCACGCUGUCCUUUACACAUCGAAAAUAUUAUCAUUACUUAAGGGCAAAAUGAACAUUCCUAAAUGAAAUUUUGAAGUGCUAAUACCCAAUUGGAAAGUUUUCAUCAGGAUCUUUGUUCAUGUCCUACAGCAACCUGGGUUUUGAGGCAAUUAUUUUUAAUUGAAAUCAAGCGUAUAUAUGAUCUAUGAAGGACAAACGAAGUUGAUGUUUUGGAUAUGCUGAGAAUUUUAGGUAGUUGCUCGUGUCAUCAGUUUUCAUAGGCACAUCAUGGUCGGAAGAUCGUUGAUUUGUAUAAAGUGGAACACAAAUCCUAAACAACAGCCUGGGAUACCUAAAACUUUCAGAUAGAGUAAGUCAAGGUAGAAUGUAACAUAAUCAGCAGUAUCGAAUGAAGGAGAAUCAGGGAUAAAAACUUUAUGUUUCGAGUAUUGCGAAACCAGGCAUAUAAUCAGCAAUUGUCGAAAUUUAGAAAGCAAUUGUCACCAUUGUCACCAUUGUUGUAAACUGAACUUUUCACAAUUUUAAGGGUUUGUUUGGAAAGCUCUCUAACCUUAUAGCGUCGGACGACUGUGCUAUAGACAAAUACCCAAUUUACCGACGAUUGUAUUCCAAAAAUUUUGAUUCCACAUUUCUGCCAAUGAAAAAAGAACAAAACUGACAACAGAGAAAUAUAAAAUAAAAUUGCCAGGGCCCACGCCACGAAUUUCAAGGUGGAGGGGCCAGGUGCUAUAAAUCGAACUUGAACUUAGUGCUUCAAAACAAGGCUUCUUUGUUAAUACUUUUGCUUACCAAAAAAGUGGGGGGCAUGGCCCUUCCCCCCACCCCCCGAUGGCGUAGACCCUGAUUGUACGAUCUAGUAUUGUUAGGGAACUGCCGGGUUACCAUCCCAGGACAAUUUUUUAUGCCCAGAAUCUUGUUGAAUGUUUUUUGUAACCUGUUCCCCAAGUACAACUUUUAUUUUUCAUUCAAUUGCCUUUCAAAUAAUAUAAUAUCGCAAUUUUUGAAAUUGGAGAAGCUGAGAGCAAAGUUUUGCGUAAGGACCACGGAUCAUAUUGCAUAUUGAGGAGGCUAAAACCGAAGUCUUUCAAUAGAAAGACUUUGCUAAAACAUUUACACAUGUUCACAUACACAUGUUCAAAAUCAAGAGCAGGGCGAUUCUCGUAUGGCUUUAAGUAGCUUAAUUUUGGAAAUAACACGCGCUAGUCAGAAUCUACUGAGCUUGAGCUCCCUUAGGCAGCCCUACCCG